UCUGGCCGGCACCACCAUUCCGGCCAAGGGGGAGGAGGACUUCCUCACUCUGGCCGCCUCCCGGCUCAGCCGCAGGAAACGUGUCAUCGGGGCAGGAGUGGGCGUGGCUAUGGUGCUGGUGCUGCUGGUUGCCAUCCCCUUAUUGGUUCACACCAGCAAAGGGGGGGCGUCUGGAGGCGGGAGCACCCAUUAUGAGAUGCUUGGCAGCUGCAAGAUGGUGUGCGACUCUUUCACCCCCCCACAGGGCAGCCACGAGCUGACCGCUGUCUCCCCCCAACCCCCAGACUUCACAGGGAGAAGGGGCAAGUCUGGGUUUCGUGGGAGCCCUGGCCCCCCAGGCCCCAGAGGUCCCACAGGAGAACCAGGCAAGCCAGGCCCCCCUGGUCCCCCCGGCCCUGGCCCAGGGGGCUACAUCCCCUCCUUCUACAGCCCCAAGAUCGCCUUCUACGCUGGCCUCCGCAAACAGCAUGAAGGGAGUGAGGUGUUGAGGUUUGACGACGUAGUGACCAAUGUGGGGAACUACUAUGAACCCAGUACUGGCAAGUUCACCUGCCCCCUACCUGGCAUCUACUUCUUCACCUACCAUGUCCUGAUGAGGGGCGGAGAUGGGACCAGCAUGUGGGCCGACUUAAAAAAGAAUGGACAGGUGAGGGCCAGUGCCAUUGCCCAGGAUGCUGAUCUGAACUAUGACUAUGCCUCCAACAGUGUCAUCCUGCACCUGGAUGUGGGGGACGAGGUGUGCGUGCAGCUCGACGGGGGCAAAGUUCACGGAGGAAACACCAACAAAUAUAGCACCUUCUCUGGCUUCCUCAUCUACCCUGACUGAAGGCAGCCACAUGUCACACACACACACACACACACACAACUACACACACAUUCUCCCAGGCAAACAAAUACAGGAACUUUUUCAGGAUCCUCAUCCAACCUGAUUCUCUCAACCACUCUCUUCUCUCUCUUUUUUCC